UGCACUCUCUCAUCACCAGCACUUGCUCACACUCAUCAUUCCCGAGCAAGCAAGCACAUCCAUCCACCAGCACCGUGCCCUCACCGAUCACAUUCACGCACAAUCCAGAUAGUACUAUAAUGGCUCGCGCUCAUCAGGUCGUUGCGGUCGCCGUCGUUGCCGCCGUGCUGCUCGCCGCCGCGGCGACCACCGAGGCCGCCGUCACCUGCGGGCAGGUGAGCUCCGCCAUCGCCCCCUGCCUCAGCUACGCCCGCGGCACGGGCACCGGCCCCUCCGCAGCCUGCUGCAGCGGCGUCAGGAGCCUCAACUCCGCCGCCAGGACCACCGCGGACAGGCGCGCCGCGUGCACCUGCCUCAAGUCCGCCGCCUCCAGUCUCAGUGGCCUCAAAGCCGGCAACGCCGCCAGCAUCCCAUCCAAGUGCGGAGUCAGCAUCCCCUACACCAUCAGCCCAUCCGUCGACUGCUCCAGGGUGAGCUAAACGACCACCGGAGCCGGAUGGAGCUGGAGCAGCCUCGUCCACCGUGCGUGCAUGGUUCCCUACAUAUCUAUCUAUGAUCGAGUUCGCUCGCUUGAUGAAUAAAAUCUCUCUGCCGUCGUCGUCUGCACUGUCAUACGCUCGCAUGCUAGUGCAGUGUACGUCCUCCUUGUGAGAGACGGGAGUCCGUCCGUCCUUGUUGUGUGGUCGUCUCUGCUUCGUUUUGUGUCUGCACGGUACGGUGCGCGCUAGCUCCUCCAUUUCCAUUUGGAGGAGACCGAGUCUCUGUACCUUGUCCACUACCUUUUAAUACAUACACCUCUUUUUGGUAUGCUCCAUGUGCUCACUUGGGCCUCUCCACCGAGUGUGCACAACAAAAAGGCCUAAAACAAGUCCAUGUAUCCAAGUGGGCCUUUGAUUAUUCCAAUAAGUAGUCACUGAAAGUUUUGCAUCAAGUUUUGUUGGAAGCUGGAGUUGACGAACUUGGGCAAGUCAUGAAUGCUUAAUGAAGGGACGGUUUCCAUGCCCGUAA